AUGACCGUAUGGCAAGCAAAGCCAACCGUUGUCCUCGCCGUUGUUGUGCGAUCAGAAGCCUCGCUCAAAUCCUACGGCAGCAAUGUCGAUUUGCUCCUACGCCCCGAUUCAGCCAUCUUCGUGGUCCACACUACGUCGGGAUUCUUGAUCACAUACUCACUUGCGACAGACCCCGAGUCUCGAGUCUACAAACCGCACUUCCUUAGUCACACGAAUAUUCAGAGGAGGAAACAGAGCCAUUGGGGCGGCCCGGGCCAUGUUGCCCCGGAGCAAAUCAUGUGGGGACCCGGCGAGGGGCCAGGCGUGCGGGACGUCAGUGUGCGCUUCAGAAUGGUAAUCAAGGUUGACGCGGGGAUCGAAAGUGCUCUUGCUCUAGACGAAGAGCUGGUAGUCGCAACGCGGAAGCCCGCCGCUGUCCAGUGCAUCCGGUGGACACCCGACAGCUCAGGAAGCCAGACGAGCACCGAGUUGCUGAGCCGGAUGGCCUGGGUGGACAAGAAGGUCACGAUAACAGAGAUGACGCAUGACCGGCCAAUGAACCUCUCAACAUGGAUCACCAGUGAUGGCAAGGCAUAUGCCGUCCAGCGGACGCCCAACGGGCAGCCAAACGGCGAGAAUGGAGAGUUGGAUCCCAAGAAGCUCUUCAAGGGGCAUUGCUUUCACAAUCCCCAGGGAGAGAACGGCCACGCAAAAAGGGCCGUCAUCAAUGCGAGAUUCUCACUAAUCGCAGUCGGCUGUGCAGAUGGCAGUAUCCAGGUCGACUUCGGGGUCUCUGGCCACCUUAAGCUAUUCUCCUGA